AUGGGUCUAGUUCUACACGACUCACGCGAGGGUCAGGGAUCACGGGGGGAUCCUUCAAGAAAUGAAUCAUCUACCACCUUCAAUCGUACUAAACGCCUUUCCGAUGGUAAGUACGACGAUGACGUUUAUCCACUGUCCAAAGUUGUGGUAUCCAUAAGGACGAGACAGGCCAGAAGAUUUUUCGGCGACAAUCAUUUCUGUUCUGGCGUUAUUCUGGCGCCAUUGUUCGUUAUGACCUCCUCGCACUGUCUGAUGAACAAUCGAAGGGUUAAGUAUUACAGCGGAGUGCUGGUCGUGAUUGGUGGAACUUACAAUAGGUUAAAAUAUAUCCAUGGCGAAACUUUCAUAUCUCCCGUUAGCCGUACAAUGUUGCCAGAUAGUUUUACAAUGGAUAAUAAGGAGGCUGUUGGACUAUUAAAACUAUCGCGGCCCUUUCCAAGGACCAGUCAUAUCGCCAUAGCUCAAUUGCCCACCAGACCACCGCUAGAUGGUCUUCUAUGCAACGUUUUGGGUUGGGGACAAAUGUAUCAUGGUGGACCGCUUGCUUCGCACAUGCUUUACAUAAACGUGGAGAUUAUAUCACGUGAGAAGUGUAAGAAAUGGUUGGAUGUACCACAACUUUCGGUACUCUGCGCCAUAGGCAAUCCCCCUACAUCACCGCAACAGCCUUGUGCCGGUGACUUGGGAUCUCCAUUGAUCAGCAACAAUAUCGUCUACGGUGUGGUGGCUGCUACAGUGGCAUGUGAGACCAACCACCUGCCAUCCAUAUACACCGAUGUCUAUAGCAAUGUGCAGUGGGUUCAGGGCAAGAUAGUCGCCAAUGCAGGAAGCUUGUUAACUCUACCGGCCUUAGUGGUUUUUAGUUUUGGACUCAUUUUUUAUAUUUUCACUUAUGAAGAAUAAUUUUGUAUAAAAAGAAGAAAGCAACAGUAAUCUAUAAAAUAUUAGUAAAAGUCUACGAACUCGUUAAAAAUGUAUAAAUUUCAUCUAUAAACUCUUAAGCACUUUUCGGUUUAAACCUUUCAAAGUUAUCCAAACGCUUGUAAAUAAGUUUCUCUUCUGCCAAUAAAUCUUUUGGCCAUUGCCGAAGGUUUACUUAAAGCGCUUUAAUUGAUUUCGGUUUCUCAGUUCUUGUUAUGGAUUCCGGGUAACACUCGGAUUUGGCUUAACAACUAACCAAAUGCCAACAGCAAUAGCAACAGCAACAGCAACAAUUGCAGAUUGUGCUGCACUCACGAGCGGGCAAUAAAAAGGGCAACCGACCAGAGAACGACAAGAUGUACUCUAGUUGUUAUUGCUUCUCUUGUUGUUGUUGUUCUGGCAAAGAGUAAACUUGAAAGGCAAAAAAAAGAAAACGGUUACUAGGUCAGUAACACUGCCAGAAACACGCGUCUGCAGGCAGGAUUCUCUCGCCUUUCGGCCACUUUGCAGACGAAUGCGUGUGCGCUCAUUCUCCGAGGCCGGAAAAUCUCUCUGCGAGCCGCCCUUUUUAGUACAUUGAGCGCACACAGCCUCCGAGUUUUCCGACUUACCACGAGAGAGAGCCAGAUUUUUGUAGCUUUGUCGCUUUGCCGGAUUUUGAAACGCAACCACACCUGCUCAGCAUCCAACUCAGUACUCAAUCGUGCGCGCGUCAAACAGGACGAUUACGGCGGAUAGUCAUAAGGAUGCUGGCUCUCUAGCGGUCUAGGGAAAUCGGAAAAUCGGAAAAUCGGAACAUCAACGAACUCUAGAGCAGAUCGGGUCCAAAAAAACCGAAAUCGAGUCGAGUGAUAAAAGAAACCGCAGGGCAAAAAAAAAGCUAAGAAAAAAAACGAAGUCGCGCGCAUUAAGUGAUAAUAAAGUAGCGGCAAUCAUUUUUAAAAUUGUGUGCCAGCUUAUGCAAAUGUAAAAGUCGCUUAAGAGCCAAUUCCCAAAUAUUCCUCAAGUUUCGCCCCUCAAAAAAAAAAAGGGAAAGAG